AUGGUUUUAUCUGAUAAGGACUUAUUUGACUUGAAUAAGAAGGCAGUCCAAGAAGGGUUUAAUGUCAAACCAAGACUAAAUUAUAAUACUGUUAGUGGUGUUAAUGGACCAUUAGUGAUUCUUGAAAAAGUCAAGUUUCCUCGUUAUAAUGAAAUUGUGAAUUUGACACUUCCAGAUGGCUCAAACAGACAAGGUCAAGUUUUAGAAGUCAGAGGUGAUAGAGCAAUCGUUCAAGUUUUUGAGGGUACUUCCGGUAUUGAUGUAAAGAAAACAAGAAUUGAAUUUACUGGUGAGAAUUUGAAAAUUCCAGUCAGUGAGGACACUCUAGGUAGAAUAUUUGAUGGUUCCGGUAGACCAAUUGAUAAUGGUCCAAAAGUCUUUGCAGAAGAUUAUCUUGAUAUCAAUGGUUCACCAAUUAACCCAUAUGCAAGAAUUUAUCCUGAAGAAAUGAUUUCGACAGGUAUCUCAGCAAUUGAUACUAUGAACUCCAUUGCUCGUGGACAGAAGAUUCCGAUUUUCUCUGCUUCAGGUUUACCACACAACGAAAUUGCAGCACAAAUUUGUAGACAAGCAGGCUUAGUGAGACCAACUAAGGAUGUUCAUGAUGGUCAUGAGGAAAAUUUCUCUAUUGUAUUUGCUGCAAUGGGUGUUAAUUUAGAAACGGCUAGAUUUUUCAAACAAGAUUUUGAAGAAAAUGGUUCGUUGGAGAGAACAUCAUUGUUUUUGAAUUUAGCUAAUGAUCCAACCAUCGAAAGAAUCAUUACCCCAAGAUUAGCAUUAACUACUGCAGAAUAUCUAGCAUAUCAAACAGAACGUCAUGUGUUAACAAUCUUGACAGAUAUGUCCUCGUAUGCUGAUGCUUUAAGAGAAGUUUCUGCAGCAAGAGAAGAAGUUCCUGGUAGAAGAGGUUAUCCUGGUUAUAUGUAUACAGAUCUUUCUACAAUUUAUGAAAGAGCAGGUAGAGUGGAGGGGCGUAACGGUUCGAUCACACAGAUUCCUAUUUUGACCAUGCCUAAUGAUGAUAUUACACAUCCAAUUCCUGACUUGACUGGUUAUAUUACUGAAGGGCAAAUUUCUAUUGAUCGUCAGUUACACAAUAAGGGUGUCUAUCCUCCAAUCAAUGUCCUGCCUUCGUUGAGUAGGUUAAUGAAAAGUGCUAUUGGUGAAGGUAUGACUAGAAAAGAUCAUGGUGAUGUUUCAAAUCAAUUGUAUGCCAAAUAUGCUAUUGGUAGAGAUGCUGCUGCCAUGAAAGCAGUUGUUGGUGAGGAAGCUUUAUCUACUGAAGAUAAGUUAUCUUUAGAAUUUUUAGAGAAGUUUGAAAAGACAUUCAUCUCACAAGGUGCUUAUGAAAAUAGAACAAUCUUUGAGAGUUUAGAUCAAGCAUGGAGUUUACUAAGAAUUUAUCCAAAGGAAAUGCUUAAUAGAAUUUCUCCAAAGAUUUUGGAUGAAUUUUAUGAUAGGUCUAGAGGUAAUGAGGUCGAAGAAAACCCUGAUGAACGCCCAAAAGCUGAGAAUGACGAACCAGAAGAAUCAUUAAUUUGA